UUGCAACACUGGACACAGCUGUUUCAUUUGUGAAACAAAGUUUCACCGACAAACAAUUUCACAAUGGGUCCACCGAAAAAGUCUAAAAAAGAUCGGGGCUCGAGCGAUAAAUUUGCUAAGAAGCGUCGCGCAGAAGAUGAGGCUUACACCCAACUGGUCGAUGAUAAUGACAGCCAGGACUGCGUCAGCGAGGCGGACGGCGUGCCAGGUGCUGCGUCCAAAAACGCAGAAACUAAUGACGAGAACAUCAACACAGACGAAUACGGAGCCAAGGAUUACCGUGCUCAGAUGCAAUUGCGUCCAGACCACGCUAAUCGCCCUCUGUGGGUGGCACCGAACGGGCAUGUGUUCCUUGAAUCGUUCUCGCCGGUCUACAAGCAUGCCCAUGACUUUCUCAUUGCUAUUUCGGAGCCCGUCUGCCGGCCCGAGCACAUACACGAGUACAAGCUGACAGCGUACAGCUUGUACGCAGCUGUGUCUGUGGGACUGCAGACACACGACAUUAUAGAGUAUCUGAAACGUUUGAGCAAAACCACGAUUCCCGAGGGCAUAUUGGAGUUUAUUCGCCUUUGUACGCUGUCGUAUGGAAAGGUGAAACUUGUGCUGAAGCAUAACAAAUACUUUAUCGAGUCUCCGCAUCCGGAGGUGCUGCAAAAGUUGCUCAAAGAUCCGGUCAUACAGAAGUGCCGACUCAUACGUAACGAAGGUGAAGGCUUUAUACAGGGCACAAUGGAUAGCAAAGCAAUCACACAGUUCGGUACCAAGYURCCAGCCACGAGUGACAAUCCAGCAGAAGACGCAGCUAGCACCUCCACAGCGACAACAGCAGGAGCAGCAGGUGCACCGGGGACUACAGCCGAGGGUGCAGCUACAACCGUUGCGGUUCCUGAGGAUAUUACAGACUUUUACGAGAAGAUCGACAAGGAAGAGGAGGACGAGGACGAAGCCAAUCUUAAAACCGUGUCCUUUGAGGUAGCUCAGGAAAAAAUUGAGCUUAUCCAGAAGCGUUGCAUUGAAAUCGAGCAUCCGUUGCUGGCAGAAUAUGAUUUCCGCAACGAUACCAAUAAUCCGGAUAUUAACAUUGACCUUAAGCCAGCAGCAGUGCUGCGUCCUUACCAAGAAAAGAGUUUGCGCAAGAUGUUUGGCAACGGGCGAGCCCGCUCUGGCGUAAUUGUGCUGCCAUGCGGCGCUGGAAAAUCCUUGGUGGGUGUCACCGCCUGCUGUACUGUGCGAAAACGCGCCCUGGUGCUGUGCAACAGCGGCGUGUCAGUGGAACAGUGGAAGCAGCAGUUUAAGAUGUGGUCCACAGCAGAUGAUAGUAUGAUUUGUCGCUUCACCUCGGAGGCAAAAGAUAAGCCCAUGGGAUGUGGCAUUCUGGUUACCACAUACUCUAUGAUAACGCACACACAGAAGCGUUCAUGGGAGGCGGAGCAGACGAUGCGCUGGUUGCAGGAGCAGGAAUGGGGUAUCAUGGUACUGGACGAGGUGCACACCAUACCCGCAAAGAUGUUCCGACGUGUCCUGACCAUUGUGCAGUCCCACUGCAAGCUGGGAUUGACAGCCACGCUUUUGCGUGAGGAUGAUAAAAUUGCAGAUCUGAAUUUUCUGAUUGGUCCCAAGCUCUACGAAGCUAACUGGUUGGAGCUACAAAAGAAGGGCUACAUAGCACGCGUACAGUGYGCCGAGGUCUGGUGUCCCAUGUCACCGGAGUUCUAUCGCGAAUAUCUAACCACCAAAACUUCCAAGAAAAUGCUGCUUUAUGUGAUGAAUCCUUCCAAAUUCCGCAGCUGCCAAUUCCUUAUUAAAUACCACGAGAAGCGUGGCGAUAAGACUAUUGUCUUUUCCGACAAUGUGUUCGCCUUGAAGCACUACGCCAUCAAGAUGAACAAACCAUUCAUCUAUGGUCCAACAUCUCAGAAUGAACGUAUACAAAUUCUACAGAAUUUCAAAUUUAAUGCCAAGGUCAACACGAUUUUUGUAUCGAAGGUGGCCGAUACUAGUUUUGAUCUGCCCGAGGCGAACGUACUAAUUCAGAUUUCAUCGCACGGCGGUUCACGACGCCAGGAAGCACAGCGACUGGGUCGUAUUCUGCGCGCCAAAAAGGGAGCCAUUGCCGAGGAAUAUAAUGCAUUCUUUUACACGCUCGUCUCGCAAGAUACAAUGGAGAUGAGCUAUUCGCGCAAGCGCCAGCGGUUCCUGGUGAAUCAGGGCUAUAGCUAUAAGGUCAUCACACAUCUUAAAGGCAUGGACACUGAAACUGACCUUAUGUAUGGRACACARGAGGAGCAGGGUCAGCUCUUGCAGUUGGUSUUGUCUGCUUCCGACUUGGACUGUGAGGAUGAGAAAGUGCCAGGCGAGCCRGGCUAUCGUCCAGGUGGUUCUGGCACCGCGAARCGUAUGGGCGGACUCAGUUCAAUGUCAGGUGGUGACGAUGCCGUCUACUAUGAGCAUCGGCGCAAGAAUAAUGGCAACGUACAUCCAUUGUUUAAGAAAUUUAGGGGAUAAGACACUGUGCACAACAGAAUAAACGUAUCUCA